CGUCGUCCACCCAGACAGACCCACCCACCAUGAGCCAACAAAGUGGGGGAGAGGCGGGAUCUCCCCCCUCUGCAGCCGUGGCUUCAGGAAGUUCCCUCUGAGGCAGGGAGUGUCUGCAUAUAAAAUGGUCUGCAGUUCACUGCUCCAUAGAUGCCACCUAUUCCACCUCGAGCCCCUUGGCCUCCUCCUCCCUGGCUAUGGGAGCCCCGUCCUCUGGCUCUUCUACCUCCUCCUCAGACCAUCUCAAGGCCCCCCAGCAUCUCCACUCCACUGGAGAAGAUGGAGCUGCAGAGAUUCAAGGUAUGGAGGGUGCUGUGUCGGCCCCCAGCAGAGGAGCAAACACUGCAGCAGGAGACAUAGGGUCAGCAGUGUUGUCAGGGCCAGGAGUCCAGCAGCCUCAGAACACCCCGUCCAAACGGAGGCCUGUGUUGAACAUAUCCCCCCCGCCCGAGGACCUCUUUGACGACAGCCAGAUGUCCUGCCAAGAGGAGCCUUCAGUGUCCGCUCCAACGGGUCCAGACUCGGAGCAUAGCAGCAGCAUGUGGGCCGACGACUCUGUCUCCAACUUCAGCUUGAUCAGCUCCGUCUCCUACAACGACAACACAGAGGUGCCGCGCAAGUCUAGGAAACGCACCCCCCGCCAGCGGCCUGGGCCCAAACCUGCCCAUCCAGAGGACAGCAUGGACGUGUUCGAUGCUGGCAGCGCAAAGGCCCCUCACUUUGUCCUGUCCCAGCUGGGCACAGACAAAACCAGUCCCAGCUCUCUUGAGUCAGGAACUGCAGUGAAGGGUGGGUCACUGUCUACUCAGUACCCCCAGAGGAGUGAUGGGAAGGAGCUGAAGAUCCUGGUGCAGCCAGAGACCCAGCACAGAGCUCGCUAUCUGACCGAGGGCAGCAGAGGUUCUGUCAAAGACCGCACUCAGCAGGGAUUCCCAACUGUCAAGUUGGAAGGUGUGAAUGAACCAGUUGUGCUACAGGUGUUUGUAGCAAAUGAUGCCGGCAGAGUGAAGCCUCACGGUUUCUACCAGGCAUGCAGAGUAACAGGGCGCAACACCACUGCCUGCAAGGAGGUGGACAUUGAAGGCACCACUGUUAUCGAGAUCCCUCUGGAGCCCAGCAGUGAAAUGACACUCGCGGUGGACCGUGUAGGUAUUUUGAAGUUGCGUAAUGCAGACGUGGAGGCCCGUAUCGGUGUGGCAGGGUCCAAGAAGAAGAGCACACGAGCCAGGCUGGCGUUCAGAGUCAACAUCCCCCAACCUGAUGGAUCCGUCCUUACUCUACAGGUCACCUCUUCACCCAUCCUCUGCACCCAACCAGCAGGAGUGCCAGAGAUCCUGAAGAAGAGUCUUCACAGCUGCUCAGCGAGAGGAGGAGAUGAAGUCUUUAUCAUCGGAAAGAACUUCCUCAAAGGAACCAAAGUUAUUUUUCAGGAGAAUAUUGCAGAUGAUAAUUCCUGGCAAGCUGAGGCUAAGAUUGACAUGGACCUUUUCCACCAGAACCAUUUGAUAGUGACAGUCCCUUCGUUCCAAAACCAGUCAAUCACUUCUCCCGUUUCUGUGGGAAUCUACGUGAUGACCAAUGCUGGUAGAUCACAUGAGGCCCAGCCCUUCACCUACACUCCAGACUCAGCUGAUAACUCAGAAAUCCGGACAAUAAAAACAGAGGGACCCUCUCUAGUCAGCACGUGUAUAUUUGAUUGCCAGAUCAAAUCUAUAUCUUCUGAGCAAACUGACAGCUCCGCUCCUCCUUCCAAACGACAAGAGGACACACCAAUGGAAGUGUCUAGCAAUCCAACUCCCACAGAUGUCUUUAAGCCAUCCCCUGACCCUAUUGUCGUGGUGCAGCAGACACUGGAGCUCAGCUCUAACCCUCAUCCAGGUGGAGAGUCCUUUCAGAGCCCAAUGCCCCUACAACCUGAAGACGUGGAGCUCUCCCAGGUGCCCCCUGUCUUUCCUAGCCUUGAGUCUCUCAGCCCCAUACAGAAGCAAGACAUUACCCCCACAACCUCGUUCCCAGUGCAGGGCGAUACCACAAUCCCCCCUGUAACACCAGAAGUCCCUCAGCAAUUUCUCAGAGAUCCUCAGGACAGCAUACCUCCUGAGAGUUCCAAUAGUAGCGGAGGGGUCGUAGUCUUGGCCAUGUCCCAGAUAGCGACUCCCUCUCAGCCCCAGCAGUCACAGGUACCCCUAUUCCCCCAGGAUGGGGUGACCCAGAUGGAGAGGGCAGUAAGGGAGCUACAGGCGGGAGGAAACACCACCUUCCAGCAAGUGUUGGAGGCGGCUGUAGCCCAGCAGCACCUCAACUCUGUGCUGUACAGCCCCACCCCCUCUGCAGACACCCUCCAGCAGCACGUCCAGGAGAACAUGAAUAGCCUUAGAUUGGGAAACACAGAUAAUACACUUUCAACACAGCAACAGCUACAAAUACAACAGCAACAGCAGAUGCAACAACAACAGCAGAUGCAACAGCAGCAGAUGCAACAGCAGAUGCAACAGCAACAACAG